AUGGACAUCAACGAGGCCGCUCCGGCCCUGGCCCUGGAGAACGCCAGGGCGCAGGGCCUCGAGGCGCGUGCGUCCUUCUGGGCCGGCGACCUGCGGCAACUGCCCGAGCUGCUUGCAGACGACGCGCGCGCAUCGCACGGGCCCUUCGACCUGGUUGUUGCUACCCCGCCCUAUCAUCAUCGGUCUACACGUCUGGCGUCUUACGCCGGGGAUGCUCUGCGGUUCGCAUCUGGUGCGUCGCAGGUCACCUCAAUGUACGGGGCCGUCGCCGAGGCCGUGCAGGCCCCUGGAU